GCCGGCUGCAAAACACAGCCUCUUUGCAUGGUGUAGCUCUGCACAGAGGCAGGCAGCGCAGCCCCCGCCUGCAAUGGCCCUGGCAAAGCUAAGUAACGUGCUGAUCAGCGAUAGCCUGGACCCCUGCUGCAGGGAGAUCCUGCAAGCUGGAGGCCUCCAGGUCCUGGAGAAGCCAAACCUCAGCAAAGAGGAGCUCCUGACACAGGUCAAGGACUGUGAUGUGCUCAUUGUCCGCUCAGCGACCAAGGUGACCACGGACAUCAUCCAUGCAGCUGAGAGGCUGCAAGUCAUUGGCAGGGCUGGCACUGGAGUUGACAAUGUGGAUGUGGAGGCAGCGACAAGGAAGGGCAUCCUGGUGAUGAACACACCCGCCGGGAACAGCCUCAGUGCAGCAGAACUCACUUGUGGGAUGAUCAUGAGUUUGGCCAGGCAAAUCCCCCAAGCAGCUGCCUCAAUGAAAGGGGGCAAGUGGGACCGCAAGAAGUUCAUGGGAAUGGAGCUUCAGGGGAAGAUCCUGGGCAUCCUGGGGCUGGGCAGGAUUGGCCGGGAAGUGGCCACCAGGAUGCAGUCCUUUGGGAUGAAGACCAUAGGGUACGAUCCCAUCAUCCUGCCUGAGGAGUCAGCCACCUUUGGAGUCCAGCAGCUGCCCCUGGAGCAGAUCUGGCCCCUGUGUGACUUCAUCACGGUGCACACACCACUCCUGCCCUCCACCACAGGGCUGCUGAACGACAGCACCUUUGCCAAGUGCCGGCGGGGAGUGCAGGUGGUGAACUGUGCCCGGGGGGGCAUCGUGGACGAGGGGGCACUGCUCCGGGCGCUGCAGUCUGGCCAGUGUGCAGGGGCUGCCCUAGACGUGUUCACACAGGAGCCGCCGCGGGACCGUGACUUGGUGAAUCACCCCAAUGUGAUCUGCUGCCCACACCUGGGUGCCAGCACCCGGGAAGCACAACGCCGGUGUGGCAAAGAGAUCGCCCUGCAGAUAGUGGACCUGUCCAAAGGGAAGGCACUGGCUGGCACGGUGAAUGGCCAGGCUCUCAGCAGUGCCUUCGCUCCUCAGACCAAACCCUGGAUCACCCUGGCUAAAGCCCUGGGCCUGCUGCUACAUACCAUGGUCAAGCAGGUGAAUGGCAGCAUACAGGUCUCUACACUAGGAGAGCCCUUGCAAAAUGCUGGAAACUACCUGACCCCAGCUGUGGUGACUGGUCUGCUGGCAGGAGCAGAACAGAAGGAUGUGAACCUGGUGAAUGGGCUGCUGCUGGCACAGGAGGCUGGGCUCAAGGUUACUUCUGUGCACAGCAACAAGGUGCCGGAGAUAAACAGCGACACUGGCCUCCUUGAAGUCGCCUUGCUGGGAUCACCCUGCAGAGCAGUGGGCUCUGUCCAGGGCAGCACUCCUGUCCUACAGGAGCUCAACGGAGCCACCUUCAAGCAGCUGGUUCCUCUUGCUGGCACCUUGUUGAUCUACAGAGCCAAGGCUUCCAACCCCAGCACACUGUCAGCAGUGAUCGAGCUGCUGGGGAAGGCUGGGGUACAGCUGCAGUCCUACCAGAGCUCCAGUGCCAUGGGGGGAGAAGAGUGGAGCAUCGUGGGCCUCUCUUCUGCACUGCAGAACCUCAGCGAACUGAAGCAGCAUGUGACAGAGGCCUUUCAGCUCACCGUAUAACCCAUGGCCAUCAGAGUCUCUGCAGUGAACCCUCCGCGGAUGCACGAGGGAGGGAAAUCCCCCACCAGAACCGGCUGAGAGUUUGAGAAUCGUGUAUGACCCCCUCCCCAGUCUGCUGCAAUGAGAGCCACACCGCGGGGAGCUCACAGGCUGGGUGGGCCAUUUUCACUGUAGUUUGGAAAUAACCACUGCCAAUAAAGGGUUUGGGAGGAGAAA